AUGUUCCUUACAGAUCAAUUACUUUGGGCAAAUGUCCAAGGUGAUCAUGCACUGCCAAGGGCCACAAAAGGACCGCAGCUUCGUACCUUUGUUGACGCCGAGUGGAACCAGAAACCCCCCGAGGACCCGCGGGCGCCGCCUUCCGCAGGGGUAGAGCUAGGGAGCAAUGGCCGCUUCCCAGGGGGCCACCAGAUAGGGCAAGGCUCGGGUGGACCCCCCUUCGGCUACAUGUGGAUCCAGCUGUGUUGGAUGACGGCUAGUUGCUACACCCAAGACCUAUGGUCUGUUGCUGCUUAG